UGCUAAAUACCGUGCCGCGUUCCAAAAGAAACUUGACAAUCUCAAGGAUGAAGAGAGACAAGAAUUUAAUGUAAAGUUAGAGAAGACUAAGGAGCUGUCGCGAGAUACGAACCGAAGACGACGGUGAGGAACUAGCUUUGGAUAGCUCUGGCACUUCUAAGAGGAAACUAGACUUACUCCAAGUCUCCCAAUCUGUUCCUUCUCUUGUAACGGAACUGGGGGAAAGCCUAAGCUAAACUAACUUUAUUUCUACUAGAUAGCUCUAUCAUUUCUAAUCUGUUCCCAGUAAGCUCACCCAGGUCUUAUUGGUCCAAUGUCGCUUCAGGAAGUUACCUAAACUAACCUUUUUCUUUAUAUUGUAGAGCGUUGGAAGAAAGACGCAAGAAUUAUGAGGCGGGUGAGGAGAGAAAACGACGGGAAAUCUUGGCACAACGUAAGAAGGAGAUUCAAGAAGCUACAGAAAAAUUUCAACGUUCAAACUUCACAAGAAAUAGAAAGAAAAUAAAACAUACUGAGCGCACUUCAACACCUACUAAAACAGGUAAAUCAAGUAUACAGGUUAUAUUUUGUGUCAAUUCAAUGCGGGAAGAAUCGUUCAGUCCAGUUUGCAUGAUUCUACCAAACACUGCAGAUUUGUUCUGGAAUCUGGAUACUCACUGGACCAACAAUGGCUUACCUUUGUGGACAUCUACACCAUAAAUAACAAUAGUUUAGAGAGCACUGCUAUAGAGCUAUCUAGUGUAUAAGUGAAUUCAGUCUAGUUUGACAACCUAUAAUCUACCAUGGUUGGUUUUUGAACUACCUGAAAAUAUGCUUAAGUUUGUCCAAUCUUUAUCAGGUAGCUCAAACACCGCAAAUACGACAGCUUAAUCUAACGUUCUAACUCUUAAUUUUGACUAUUUAGUUAAACACGAUAACACUCGUCCUGUGUCAGCCAAGGCGCCGAAAGUCAUCAAUGGGAAACCGUACUACCCUUCCGUCGAGGAAGUCAUGGCCUUGCUUCAUGCUGACCGUGCUGACGUUAUUGAAAGAGUGAUCAGCGGUGAGAGCCAACCACGUGAUCGACAUGAUGACAUCAUUGAGCCUACAGAUAUAGCCGCUGAGCAACGCGAACAGGAAAAACUACGAAGUGAAGUUGUUGGCCGUAUUGAACCCAAGUUAGCUUUCACUGACGAGGCUGUCACCUCUGGCGUUCUACCUACUACCAUAAGACGAAAUUCGUUAUCGGGGAGCCUGUCUAGCAUUGAUAGUCUUGACACGGUGCCUGACGAGCCGCUAGAAACCAUGCCUGCGUCUACUGGCAGCCCGAUUGCGGGCAUUAUUCGAAAAGGCAAUAAAGUGAAACGAGAUAGUCGAGUUACGUUUAACGAAAAUGUUGCAUUUAGUGAUGGAGUGGUUGGGACUUUGAAACGAAAACAGGGAAGUGAAUCUGUCUUCGAUUCUUCCAUUAUGCCGAAGCAGAGGUCAUACUUCGAGCUGUUUGAUAGUAAUACAAGCUUUAGUGAGGGUAAGGGGAAUGAGUCGAAGCCAAAGGUCAAUGGAACUGGCUUGGAAUUAUCGAAGGAUAGUCUGAUCAUGAAUCACUACCUACCCAGGCAAUCUAAUAUUCCGAUGAGCAGCGCUCAAAAUUACCCUCAUGUGAACGCAUCAGAUAUAGGUACCACAGGCGUAAUGACGUACUCCGCCACAAGCAAUCUUAGGCAACCUGGUGGAUAUUCUAUGGCAACCAUGGCAAGCAAUAAUAGCCGGCAAACUGGUGGUAAUCUGGCAUCAACUGUUACUGUCACUACUCCUGAACUGAAGGCUAAUGCACUUCAUGUGUUGCCAAAUUCACCCAGAGUUAAUGGGCUGUCGCAUGUCGGUUAUACAAACCAAAUGACAGCUUCCCAGGCAAGCAGUACUUCGAAAAAUAACGGUAGUGAGCAAGAUAACACCAGGAAAAUGGACAGCAACACAGAGGGCGUGAAUAAUAAAGGCUAUGUUGGUUACACAAGCCAAAUGACUGGGUCCCAGAAUAGUAGUGCUCCAUUACAAUUGAGUAAUGGUGUAAAAAGCAAAACCUAUGUGAAUGGUGGUAUUUCUGAUCAUACGCACAGUUAUAAUAAUGGUAAUAUGAAGUAUAAUGAUAGACCAUCUCUACCAUUUUCUUCCAUAAACGCAUCCAUGUUGAAGGAUAGUCUUGAAAUGCAUGAUGAUAUAAGGGUCAGUCAAAGUAACUCGAAUAUUCCCCAAGUAUCUACUGAAGCUCAAGGCCCUAGAGUCGGAACCCGUCCUCCUAUCUCGGAGAACCCCUCCUCAGGGUAUAUUACUAAACAUGCUGAAAUACCGCCUGAAACACCACUUAUUCCCGUUACGAAAAGAGAUUUUCUCUCCAAAGCUCUACGGUCGGAUGGUAAAGGGGUUUCUGAUGUAAACAUAAACAGCUUAUCAGAUCAUACAAGAAACCAUCCACGCAAAGAAGAAAUGGCUGUUGAUGGUAGAAUUGAGUCAACCACCAACAGAUAUUCUGGAGGAAAGUCUUUCCCCAGAACUGAACAAGAGGCGUCGAUUGGUGGUUAUAGUAUGUACAGUCAAGAACGCGAUGUUCCCCAAAAUAGACAAACUAUACCAGAGCAAAGUGAAAAUAAAAGGCUAACUCAAAAUGGAAUUGACAGAACCGGACAAAGUUUAUAUGAGAAUGAUUCUUAUAAUCAAAGGCAAACUGUACCAAACAGUAGUGCGAUGAGAGACAAUAUGGUACCUUCACCAUACAAUAGUGAUAGAACUAAGCAGAAAGUACAUGAUGAUUCUUAUAGUCAAAGGCAUGCAGUAGACAGUCGCGGAGUAAGGGACAACACAGGGUCUUCAAGUACAAGUGAGGGUAUUCCAUAUUAUGGUAGUAGCUUAAACCAGGGACAUCAACUUGUGUCAAGAGACAACCAUGGAAUAGCAAGACCCAAUAGGACUACUGGUGAAAGCUCGUCUGUUAUUCCUCCGAGGUCAAGAACAGAGCCCACUGAGAAGUUGACGACUGCUCAAAAUACACUUGGGACAACAAAUACAGUAAACCAGCCUUCUUAUAGGCCAACACUAACCAACGGGGAACAAAAUUUUGCUUCAAGAAAGUCCAGCUCUGCUGAUGAAUUGCUUAAGAGUGUUCAAGAGAAUAUUGAGCGCUUAAGCAUGACUCCGUCACAACAGGGAAUCUCUAGGACAAGCAGUUCUGGUGCGAAACCAACUGGACCUUUUAGUGCUCGACCUUACAAGACGACAACUUCGGAAAGUCGCCACAAUCGUAACUACUCGGAUAACGGUCGUAGGCCGAAAGAUUACGACAAGGGUGACACGUCACCAUCUUCCCAAAGCAAGGGUAGUCCCAAGUCCACAGCUAUCGACCGUGAACGAAAGGGUAGUAAUAGAAAGCCACCUUCUAAUGGACAAAAAUCCAAACUAGGAGAAGCAAGGAAAGUAAAUGGCAACAACAAACGAUUUCAAAGAAGUGGUUCUGAUUCAGGAAUUGCGAAUCAAAGGAGUGGGAUUAAGAUGGGGCACGGGGCAACACAAAACAAUAACCAUGAAACAACGGCUAAUACAAAUACUACAUACACAAGCAAUAGUCGUGUGCAAAGUGCCCACCCUAACCAAGUAUACACAAGUCCCAAUUACAAGACGGACUACCAUUCAGCCGCAUACCAGAGCAAUAACCGUUUAUACGGGGUCCCCUCUGAGCCUAGAGGCUUACACCCCCAGUCAAACGCAUUUGAAAGAAAGCAACGGAAAAACAGCGAGGGGCUUGCGUUCCUCGAUAAAACUCCAACCGACGAGGAAAUAAACCAUCUUUGGGAGACAGUGCGGACAUGUUUGAAACACGAGCAACCGCAAAAGGCGGCUUCGGAUUCCGUUGUAAACAAUGUUCGGUACUCGAGAUCUGAUUCUGGACCACUUGUGGGUAACCAUUAUCUGAUCGAUGGUAAUGCUUGGGCAUCGAGACCAAGUGGCGGUUCUGACAACGAGACGCGAUACUCUAGGGGCACAGCUAGUUCUCAUUUCCGUAGGCAAGGCUCAUUGGAUAGUCUACAGCGGCGGGGGUCUGCUGAAAGUGCUGGAUAUAUGCCCCUAAGAAAAGGGUCAUUACUUCAGCAUCGCACUAGCACAUCUGAAAGAAGGUUAACCUCUCGGAACUCACAAGCAGGGCGCCCCCCGGUAAAUCCACAGUAUUUGCAUUCUUUUCGUGGACCAAUGACGAGUUCUCGGGGGCCGGUGAAAUCUAACACUGUAAAGACGGAGGGACGACCUCAGCUUUCUUAUGCGGAAUUUCAAGCAGUUAUGCAAGCGUCCGCUGAUCUUAAAACUCGGAAUACCGAAGGCGACACUCAGAAGAAUUCCCGCCAAAAUGUUCAUCAACCAAUAAUAAUGAAUUAUAGAAAAGGUAAGAUGGGCAAAUAAAUUGUAAUCAGUGUGUUAUGAAUAGACUUAAUCUGCUAACGAAUGUUUAUGCCCGUUUGUACCCCACCCAUGCACAUUUUUAAAUUACUCACAUGACGUUAUGAUAAUGUGAGCAUGUAAUGGAACAAAGGUAUCCAAACAUUUUUAAAUGUUAUAAAUUAAAUUAAAAAUUAUGUCCGUGAAUUGGGUUGCAAUGGGCACAAAUACGCGUUAGUUAAUUUUAAUAGACCUUACCGAUUCUCUUUUACCCAAUGGCCUCGUUUCCAUGUUAACUUAUUUUAGCAUGCAUGUCAGGGGCAGAUAAAGAUUAUAUUCCCAUGUUUUCCUGGACGAAUUUGUUUCUUGCUGUUCUUAGGCUCAAUAACAAAGUAAUUUUCAACCCUACUCAACACAAAACAUGAGUUAGUAUUUGACAUGAAAACGAGACGAUUGGGUAAAAGAGAAUAAUCGUUAAGGUCUAUUGGAUCGAUUACUUGAAAUCUACUGAUCUCUAACCAAUUUUACUUUCUCUGUCUUGUAGAACCUACUGCAUUAUCUAUGGAAGAGAAAAGACUAUUGGAGUCUCUAGACCGUCUCAAUGAACGGUUGAAAGGUUUGUGAAACGUCUAUAUUAAAUAUUUAUAUUCAUUGUAUUUAAUUCAAUUUGUAUUAUUAAAUUAUAAUUUUUCGUAUGCUCUUACAGUUCAAGAGGCUUUUGCUGGAAAAAUUGUGAAAAGUCCUAGAAAUGGCAACAUACAGACUAACAAGGUAUGACAUGUGUGGUUGGUAUAAACCUGUCGAUAAAUAUUUGUUUCGAGGGCAGAAUCGUGUUAAAAAGGUUAUGAAUUGUAGAUGCUGAGUUGACUGUGCUACAUUAUUAGAAUAUGAUUGACAGCAGUGGAAAAUUUAUUUUUUAUGCAUUUUCUUUAGACUAGUUCGUCAAAGUUUAUCCAGCCAUCAGCAAGCAGUAGUCGUUAUGGAAGCACAAGAUCAGCUCAUGAGAAAGUUCCUACAAACACCUCUGGUCUUCUCAACAGAAGGUAGCAUCAAUACAGUACGGUAUAUAUUACUGUAUUACAUACAACGGGGCUUCUUCGCCUUUUAUCUGCGGAAAUGGGGAAAAGAGUAGGCACACAUAUAGAAGGACAUAACUGCGCAGGUACAUGAAGAAACCAAGUUUUAAACAAAUAGGUUUGGACCUAAUCUCGUAUAUAACGCUUGUUUAUGCAGUUGCUCCUCAAUUGAACAAUUCAAUUCAUUUAAUUUUUAAUUGUCUCAGCAGUGGAAUCUAGGCAUAUGAGUUACCUUAAAAGUUGAAUUGAGUAGCAAUUGACAUAUUGAUUAAGACAUGCGUUAGUUGAUACGGUUUAUCAAAAACGAAGUUGACUUGUAUUGUAUUUGUUCCGUUAAACAGAGCUUUUUACAUGUAAAAAUAGUGUUGUACACGAUUUUCGCAUGCCAUGUAAAUAUAGAUGUAUAUAGCAUACACAUAACAUAACAUACAAUAUAUUAUUACUGUAAAUAUAGUUUGUAAGAUAAAAAUAAAUUGAUUUUUAACCAAUGAAAAUACACUUUGAUGCAUUCUAUUUCAGCAACUGCUUCGAUAUGAUAUUUUCCUAUACCAACAAUUUGUCAGAACUGGAUCUCCAUACCGAAGAUUGUAAAGAAAACUAUCUUUGCCAAACAAGGUUUUUGUCUUUGAUUCGCAGACUCUAACUAUGACUCUAACGCAGGCAUAAAGAUUCCCACAUUUGCGAAUAUUUUUGCGGCAUGCAAAGAGUGCGAGACAUUUUCGUCGUUUCGAAGUCCAAGACAUACAGCAAGUUCUAAAAUGUCAUUAUAAAAAGUUUAAAUUUGCAAAACUUGCCUAUUUAAUUGUUUCAAAUAUUAUAUUUUUGUACAAGACAGUUAAUUUAGAAUAAUAUUAGCCAUAAUGUGGUGUUGUCGAAGAAGUUUAUCAACUAUAAAUGCUUUUCAAAGACGUGCUAACUUGGUCUGUCGAUCCAGGUAUGUUCUGUGCUUUUAAUUAAUAAUAAUAUAUUGUGUUUAUGUGUGUGUAGCAAAUGUAGCAUUAGUUUUAUUCGUAGACAAAUAUAAAAUUAUUUUUACUUUAUAUUGUUGGUGUUAAUAUAAACAGUGGGAUUUUUUUAAAGCAUUAAUUCUAUCAGUGGCGGGAAUUUUAAAUAAAGAAUCUGUAGUGUAGAGAAUCUCAUGGUGACAUAAUUUAACAUUAUACAUGUUGUGGUGAAGGUCAUAUAUGAAUGAUGUUGAAGGUCAGUGUGGUAGAGGUUGUCAUUGUUCUAAAGGUCAUACUUUCUUGGAAAAGUUUGAGAUGUUAAGUAAAUACUUGUGUGACAAACACAUUCUAUGAAUUGAAUAUUUUGUUAGGUAUUUUUCCACUACCAACAACUUGUAUAAUCAAGAAGCAAAAUCAACUGUACUACAAAAAGCUAGUGAGUAAUUCAUGGAAGUAUGGAACUGUUGUGACUUUAGAAUGAAAUGUGUAGUACUAUUAAAGCUUACCAUAUUACCUAUUCUUAGGUGAAUUUAAAUCUGGGCAACAACUGCUAGGUUAUACUAUAGAAAAGGUAUAGUUUAUACAUGGUUAAAUAUGGUUACAUGUGAUGAUAUACAAGAAAAUUCACUCAAGCCAGAAAUGUUGUAUCUUGUGGUUUAACUAUGUUAUUUUGCCCAAAACUGAUUGAAUGUGAUUUAGUGCAGUCAAACCCCUACAAACAGACACCUCUCUUAAGCGCUCAUAAUGUUAAUAAAACACUAUUACUCCUAUUGAGUGGACACCGCCUCAAUUUUGGUACCCCUACCAUUUUUAUCUGUGCCUGGACUACCUAUUUACAGACCAAGCACAGAUAAAUUUGGUACAUAUACCAUUUUUAUCUGUGCCAUACCAAAAAUUGAGCGUUGUGUUAAUGGGGCUUAAGAGGACACAUUUGUGAGGUCCAAAAGGUGUUCGUUUAAUAGCUAAGGGUUCACAGUGGCGGAAAUCUCGGUGUGGCGGGUGACCGCUCACUUCACAGAAAAUCGAUGAAUUUUCAGAAAUUUUGACCCAAACGAGGGCUAAAAACAUCCUUUUUGAGUGCAAAUGGGAGAGGGGGGGGGGGUUGUCGGAAAUUUGAAGGUUUUGUCGAAAAUUUAGAAGACUUUGCCCCCCCCCCACCGGAAAAAGUGAAUUUCCGCCACUGGGGGUUCAACUGUAUUGGUCCAAUGUUACUAGGGGAGGGGAGGGGGUCAUGUAGUGUUUGGUUUAUUCAAACUGGAGGCAAUCCUCCCAUAUACAUUUGAGGUGAAAUUAUAACCAGGCAGCUGUAUUAUGUACAUAUUCAAGAAAUCAAGCCUAAUUUUGUUUUUUGGUUGUAUGGUUUGUUCUUUGUAUAUCGAUGCUGGUGUAUAUUUGUUAACAGGUUGUCCCUGUUCCAGAACUAUAUUUAGUUUCUGUAAAACUGCGUCAUAAUAAAACUGGUGCUGAGCACUUACAUAUUGCUAGAGAUGAUUCAAAUAAUGUCUUCAGGUAAGUAAAAAUUGUAGAACUUUCAGAUAAUAUAAUUUUGGUGAAUCAUUCCAUAGUAAUUGUUUAUUUUGUAUAACAAGGAAUUUUUGCCAAGGCCAGGAACUCUAGCUGUAUUGAACAGACUAUUAAAAGGGCCCCCCCCCUUAAAACGCUAGGCACAUGUACGCAGUGCGUACCUAUUUUUUAUGGUGGUAGGAUCUUGAUACUGUGAUUUGAUUGGCUGUUGAGCAACAGGAAGUGUUUGUGACCACCAUUCCGACUUUUCCCGCCAAAACCGGCAAAGAAGUUGAACCGAACACGAAAGGCUGUUUUUUUCCAAGCAAAAUUGUGUUUAAAAUGCGCUCAAAAGAUAAUAAACACGCGAAGAACAAGUUUUAUUUGAAUGUUCAUGACACUACGACGAUAAUUUCAGCCGAAAUUCGUCUUUUUCGAACGAAAAAGCGAAGGAAAAUACGUGGGAAAAAUGCAUGCAAUAUUUGCCAAUGGUCAUGGAAAAUGCUGUUGAAAACUUGAAAUUGGAGCUUUUUUCAAAGUGCUAAAACUCCUUUGACAUUGGAAAAUAGAAGUCAACACACGAAAGAAACGAAAAAUAGCACAAGACAAGGUAUAGAACAGAUAUAAAUUUAUCAAAUUUUGCUUAAAUUUGUCAUAUUUACGAAAUUAGAACGUAGAAUUAAUAGCAAGUACAAAGUAUAUUUUUACCAUAAAUUUAAAGAAUACGAAUGCCAUUAAUUAAUAGCAGAAUUAAUAUUUAAGAUGGGAAUUUCUGUAAAGAUUUUUUGACCGCGACAAAUUGCAGUCAUACUUUAUUUCUGUUGCUAUAAAAUAUGGCGGUUUUUUGGAUACCUUAUAGCCACGAUUAUAUAUAGCAUUUGAAUUUGAGAAAUUGAGAGGCAUGUUUGGGGUGUUGUAUGUUCAUGAGCGAAGUUGUAUCUGGAGGUAUAAAAUACACCGGUUUAUGGAAUAUAUGUACAUAAAUGGUCAAAUAUACCAUCAUAUACCAUGCGGUAAUUCGGUAAACAGUCAAUACGACAAUAGUGGCAGAGAGAAGUCUGGUGCGGACAUGAAGUUAAAUUUUAACGGUUUUAAUAUUCUUCUUUAUAUGUCUUUCUGAAUAAGGGACGGACCAUUAGAAAAGUGAUGGGGGGGAUUUUCUAAGAGGCAAUAUAUAUAUUUUUUGUACACCUAUAGAAGAAAUAUAUUUUUUUCUCACUUGAUGGCUGGAAAUUUUUUUUUUUAUUAAAAUUUAUAGGCCUAUCUUCCAAGGAAGGAUUUUUUUUUGCACUAUACCUGGGAAGAUUUUUUCCCCCUAAUUUUUUUCUGGGAAUAAUUUUUGAGGACUUCCCCCCCCCCCAUCACUUUUCUAAUGGUCCGUCCCCAAGAAUUUAAGCUGAUAUUCUCGUCUAUACAGAAAUUUCGCUUUUCUGGAUGGAAAAAUCGAAGCAAAAUUUUCAGAUAACAAACUCUAUAACAUGGCUACAAUGACGUCACAUGAAAACACUUAAGGCGGAUUUCCACUACACAACUUUCGCCCAAAACUGUUGCAUGCAACCUGCUUACAACUUGAGUUGUAACGUCUAAAUCAAAGACACAACUCACUUACGACAACAUAUGCAAGUUGUGUGCUUGAUUUACCCAGUACAACUCAAGUUGUAAGCAGGUUGCCUGCGACAGUGUUAGGCGGCAAAAGUUGUGUAGUGAAAAUCCGCCGUAAAAUUGCCAUUUUAGUGUUGGUUUUCGUACAACUCCAAUGGAGGAUAGUGGUGUGUCUCACAUACUGGAACAUACGACAUUAUGUGGUUCAGAGAAAUUUCCUUGUCGUGAUCCGUUCUUUUCCAUGCUCACAAGAUCACUGUCAACUUAUAUGAAUGCCUGGACAGGUAAAACCCACUGAACUCCAUAUACAUUUGGAGUGAGAGCUCGAGUCCGGAAAGUGAAGCCAAAAAUGGAGCUAUUAGCCAUUCCGAAGUUGAUGAGUGGACUGGGGACGAGUGUUAAAAAGUGCCCAAAUUAAGAAAUAAACCAAAUCACUAAAAAGACCACCUCAAAAUUAGUAAGUAUACAAAGUUUGAAGACGUUUACAUGAAUACCUUUCGAAUAAUAAGCUUUCGAAAAUUGUGAAAUUACUGAUUAAAAGAUUGCUUUUGGGACGCGCGUCCCCAAAAACAAAAAUUACAGUACAUUUCAUAGUAAAUAUCGCGAUUUUCGAAAGGUUAUUAUUCAAAGGGUAUUCAUGUAAAUGUCUUCAAACUUUGUAUACUUACUAAUUUUGAGGUGGUCUUUUUAGUGAUUUUGGUUCAUUUCUUAAUUUGGGCACUUUUUAACAUUCGUUCCCAGUCCUCUCAUCAACUUCGGAAUGGCUAAUUGAUUGAUAGAUAGAUAGAUAGAUAGAUAGAUAGAUAGAUAGAUAGAUAGAUAGAUAGAUAGAUAGAUAGAUAGAGACUUUAUUUAAAGAGGGUGACACUUAAUAGUACGAAGUACUAAUGAACUUGUGGCCCUAAUUGGACGUCAGUCCCUUUCUAUUCCUUUUGUCUGCGCAGUUUGCAAAGAGGGUAAUGUGUAAAAGGGAUGGACGAGAGGUAGUUUACGAGAUGGUUCCAAAAUUGAAAUAAGAGUUUGCGUUUGUAUUAGGGUUAGUGUGGGGGUUAGGUGUGGGGUGAGGGUAAGGUUUAGUAUUGUUGAAAGUGGUAGUUGUUGAUUCUUUCACGUUUUCAAGAUCUUAAAAACUGGCGGCCAUCUUGAAAACCUGCCUCUAGUCCAUCCCCUUUAGAGAAUACUGUGGUUGUAUGAACUGAUAAAUUGAUUAAAACUAGCGUUAAUGCGGAUUUCCAGUCCUCGCACGAAGCUCCUCGCAGCUCGCUGCGAGUGCAUGCAUGAGCACUUUCAUCCAAUCACAAUGCUAAACAGUUCAUUUUAAUUAGAUGCAACCACUCGCCGCGAGCUGCGAGGAGCUUCAUGCGAGGACAGGAAACCGCCUUUAGACUGACUGCAACCUUCAUAGCUAUUGUACGUCAAUUUCGCCAUCUUGGGGAUGGAUGAAUGAUUGAAGUUCUUCACGAAGAUUGAACUUUUCAAUUUAUUUUCAGGGAGUGAUUUUACCAUGUAUCCAUUCUCUACUCAAAAUCCUAAAGAUUUCAAAAACUUGUUGUCAGUUUAUCUCGAUGCCGUCUUCUUUCCUCGACUUGCCGAGCUAGAUUUCUGGUAAUUAUGUCUGCUGUGUUGUCUAUACUGUUCUGUAAAAAUUUUGCCGAGUUUUUCGUUUGACUUUGGAACUGAUGUUUCCAUUUCAAGGAUGCAACUCUCGCUCCUGUUUGAACGUUCAACUUUUGAUAAGAGUUGAUGAGAGUUUUUGCUACGCGCGCGGCAAUAUCCAGUCAACUCUCAUCGACUCUCAUUAAAUUUGAGCUGGUUCAAAUUUUGAUGAGAGUUGAUGAUAGUUUUUGCUCGUUGGCGUAACCGGUAAUAUCGGGUCAACUCUCAUGUGCUCUCAUGUAAUUCUUGUUUCCGUUUGACGAGGGCAUGAGAGUUGAGAAAACUCUCAUGCAUACUCUUGCUUGCCAACUCUCAUCCUCUUUUGACCAGAAGAAGAAACCUUUCAGUUUGACUCAAUCAAACCUUGCGGGUUUUCUCUGAGUAGGUUUCCUUCUGUAGUAACAUUGUACCAACAAGAAAUUAAGAAAAUAAGGUAUUUUCAAAUCUAGGCAAGAAGGCUGGAGGCUAGAACAUGAAGAUGUGAAUGACCCACAAUCACCUUUGACAUUUAAAGGAGUAGUAUUUAAUGAAAUGAAAGGCGCAAUGGUAAGACUUCGCUAAAAUCAUGGCUCGUUUCAGUCAGGGCUUUCAGAAUUAUUCUGAAUAGGUGGCUGUGUUGAUAAAGUAGGCGACUGUGGGGAGCGAUCUAGGGAGUCUUAAGCCCGUUCUCCACUAGGCGAAUUUUUUCGCGCGAUGCGAAGCGAAAAACAAAUCUUGGCAAUGUGAUUGGUCAGCGAAAAAUUUCCUACUUUUUUACUGUUCGCGCGAACAAAUUCGCCUAGUGGAGAAAGGGCUUUACAGUCAACCAAAUUAACUAGACACAUAAGUGUGUAUUGAUUAGAUAGCAACACAACUGAGCUUUGUAACCAAAUUGGUUAUAAUGUAUUACUACUUUCAUUCUCAGUUUUACGAAAUAGUACGUUGUUUUGGAAAACAACCAGGCUAUAAAGUAGACCAGGUUGAGGAAAAAUAAUUUUGUUUGAAAGCUCAGAGUGGAGGAAGGAGAGCAGAAUUGAUAUUUAUAAGUAAACAAAGUAGGCGGUAGUAAACCUCGUGGCACUUGCCGGAACUCCAGCGGUCGCCAGCUUAUUUUGAAAGCCUUGGUUUCUUCAAUUUUAUCAACACAUGUACGUUUUUAUCAGCAAUUUUUCUUCAAAUUAUUUAGUCGAAUCCAGAGCAACUGUAUGCUCGCAAUCUACAAAGUUCGCUUCUUCCACAUCAUACAUAUGGCUACAACAGUGGCGGAGAACCCAUCAAUAUUCCUGAUUUGACGGUAAGUGACAUUGCAUUUUAAUCAGAGGGCUCUUAAACUUUUGACUCGUCUUCCACAGGUUGCAUACCACAGGUGGUGCGUAUUUUUCAGAGAGUGUACCCUUGCACUACCGUGCACAAAUGCGUGUUGUACGUAUUAUCGUUUGUGAAAAUAUAUCUUUGUAUCCAUCGAAUGUGAUAGUAUAGUGUAUUUUGUUCCAUUCUGUGAUUUUGUAGUGGGAUCAUUUGAAGCAGUUUCAUGCCAGUCACUAUCAUCCAAGUAAUGCAAGGUAUGGGACGUUCACUUACGGGACUUACACUGUCCUUGAGUCAUUACGACGCUAUGUGAACAGGUUCUGUGAUUGGUGAUUAUAACAAUGAAACCCAAUGAAACUAUUGAAUAAUAGUUUAUGUUUGUGGGUAGUGCUGGAUCUUAUAGACCCAUUGCACUGACGUUACAAGUCCUUAGAGUGUCCUCCAGAUGCUCCCCAACAAUAUCUGUUCGGCUACAACAACCACAUACAGCGCAAAAAUGAACCAUUUUAAUACAAAAUUAUUAUAAACUUUUACAAAAUUUGUUUUGUUUACAAAAAUUAUAUUAUGAAUAGAUUGCUAAUUUGUCCUCCAGAUGCAUCGUCACCGGCGCUGUGACGUCAUGUGCAAUGGGUCUAUAGGUACUUGCUUUGUGAUAUUUACACUGGUUACUUUUGUUUAUGGAAGCCAAUCACAACACAUGUUCAUUUUGGCUUCGUUUUUACUGGAGUAAUAAAUUAAACUUUUGCAGCUUUAUUAUUUGUAUUUGCAGGUUUUAUACUUACGGUGAUGUACCACUGGAAAAUCAGUUGGAGGCAAUUGAAGAACUUGGUUUGUCACGUUUUGAUAAACUACAAGUUGAUACAGAUAUCCCACGUGAACCUCGCUGGAAAGAUCCGGUAAUAAUUUAAUAUUUAAUAAAUAAAAAUUUAAUAAUUUCGUCGAGCUAUCCAGUGUAAGAAAUUAAUUAAAUGUAAGUAGAAGAUUAGAAUUAGAAGAUUAAAAUUAGAAGUUAAAAUUAGAAGAGAGGAAAAUAUUUGAAUUAGAAGAUUAGAAUUAUUUUAAGAUUAGUAAAAGAUUGGUAAAGAUUAGAAUUAGAAGAACAGAUUAGAAUUGGUAAAUAUAUCUAGUAUGAAAAUAUUAGUAUGCAGUGUAGUUUCAGUUUCCUUCUGUAGUAAAACUGGACAAAUAAGGGAUUGCCCUUGAUGGAAAAUUUAGAACUGAUAGACCUAUCCAGUUAGUGUUACCAAUACUGUUAGUGUAGCUUAGUUUUCCUUCUGUAGUAACACUGGAUCAAUAAGAGAUGAUCCUUACUGGACCUCUAGGAAGAACAGUUUAGAACUGAUAGAGCUAUCCAGCAUAAAUAAAGUUAGUUUAGUUUAGGUUUCCUCCUGUAGUAACACUGGAUCAAUAAGAGAUGAUCCUUACUGGACCUCUAGGAAGAACAGUUCAGAACUGAUAGAGCUAUCCAGUAUAAAUACAGUUAGUUUAGCUUCGUUUAUGAUUGCAUCAUAGUAGAUGUGUGUUGGAUCUUAAGUGCUUGCUUUGUGAUAUUUGUAGCGAAAUGUGAGCAUAACGUGUGCCCCAGAUCCCUUGGCACCUGACCCUGAAAAACAGACAACGACCAGCGUGAGUUACGUACUGGACGGGUAAGUUGAUGUUUGCAGUUUGAUAAUGAAUGACAUUUAGACUGCAGAUAAGAUAAGGUCUGUGCCAAUGUAGCGCCAAUAAGAAAGCGUCGGAUCGAUUGGGAUACAACUACCUGAAAAAUACAAGGAGAACUUCGACAUUUCCCACCCCUACGUCGCGAAACGUCGAAAGUUCUCCUUGUAUUUUACAGGUAGUUGUUUUCCUAUCAAUGCGAAGCUUUCUCAGUAAGGAUCAUUCAGGACGAUCAAGUUUCAUUUGCACUAUAAGUUGCUUGUGGAAAAUCUUCUCAAAGUGCUUUGAAAUAUUUCAGAGACGUUGAUGCAUUCGAAGGUCUAACAAACAGUAUCAUAUCGUCAUUAUUGGUGGAUGGACCAACCUCACCAUUUUAUCAAGCUUUGAUUGAACCAAAUAUCGGAUCUGAUUAUUCACCAGCCACAGGGUGAGUAUGAAAGGAUAUCAGGAUUUGGGAUUUUGCUGCAUCGGAAUCACAGGUUUGAUUCUUACCAGAGGUCCUAUACAGGGUGUAUAAAAAAAAGGUAAUCGAAACUUCAGCGCGCUAUUGAAUCUGAAUUACUAUGCGUAUGAACGAUAUUUUUCAAAAUUCGGAAAGAUCAUUCUUUUAGCUGUUGAAUGAUAUCUUCUUCAUGCCAAAUGGAUAAAAAAUGAGCAAAUACGAAUCCGAUAAAAAAUUUUCACCGUUGAGAGUUGGGUCUAAAACCAUUGAAAAUGAACCCCCUUUGGUAUUUAAGUUGAUGAAUUUCACUUCAAUAAACGACGCACAUAUUCAUAAUUAUUAUUAAGUAGGAAUAAGUCUUAGCUAAGCUACGACACGUUCGUGAUUAAUUGCUUUUUCUUUUGUUAUGCAUUGUUUUAAGUAGGCGCAGAUGUGAAAAUAUUUUGACCAACAGUUUUGAUCGGCCUCGUACAUGCUUAUUUUUUCUCCACUUGGUAUGAAAAGCAUGUCAUGCAAUAGCUGGAAGCUUGAUCUUUCCGAAUAUGAAAACCAAUUGUUCAUACGCCGAGUGAUUCGCGUAUAAUAGCGCGCUGAAGUUCGAUUACCUUUUUUUUUAUACACCCUGUAGUUGCAUUUUUUGCAACCGCUCCUGGUUAGGUCUAAUAAAUGUAUAAAAUCCACACUCGAAAUUUCCAUCUACAAAAUCCUUUAGCAAUGAGUAUGAAAGGCAGGAAUUUUGUAAAAACCCCUGGGGGGGGGGGUGCUCUGCCAGCUCUGGUGCCGAGUUGUGUCGGUCAUGUGUGCCGCCUGCCCAUCAACUUGCUUGACUACUGCAAAGUCUUGCUUGACUACUGUUUUUGAAUUGUAAUUGUUCUUCACAGUUUGCUUAUCAUCAUGUUAUUACUCAAAUUACUGUAUCUCAUUUUGCCUCUAAUAUUUUUUUCUUUAUCAUGAAAAAUCCAUCCCUCAACCACUGUGUUCCCAGCUGUUCCUUAAUCAUACUCUAAUUAUAAAAAGUCACUUAUUAUGAAUUUCUUUUCUCAGUUUUGACUCUAGCACAAGAGAUAGUUCAUUUUCUGUUGGCUUGCAAGGUAUUCAUAAAGAUCGUGUUGAAGAUGUUCGGAAUAUUGUACAACAAACGUUUCAGAACGUUGUCGAGUAAGUUUGCAGUUACAUUCACAGUUACUCAAUCUGAGUUGUAUCAUGAAACUGGUAUCUGACUUGCAUGUUUUAAUUGAUUAAAAAUAUAUUAAAGUAUAAAAUAUAUUUCUUCAUUUAGAACUGGUUUUGAAGAAGAGAGAAUCGAUGCGAUUCUUCACAGAAUUCAGUUAUCACAAAAACAUCAAAGCAGUAAUUUUGGAUUGAGUCUUAUCGCUGUAAGUUCUUUUAGUUGUUAGCGCAAAAUGAUUUUCUCAUCCGCUGCUUUCCCAAACUUUGCAGUUCGAAUUCUCUGAUUAAAAUUCACCUCAAUCGAAGAAGAAUGCUUUCAAUUUGACUUUACCUAAAAUUCAAGGCCUUGCCCAGUCCUGUAUAAACUGGACUUCUAAGACAAUUAGAACUGAUAUUAUAGUUAAUCCAGUCUUUAUAAAGUUACUUUCAUUUUUUGUAGUCCCUGAUGUCAUCCUGGAACCAUGGCGGUGAUCCGACGGAAUUUAUGCAAAUUAACAGGAACGUGGAUCGAUUCCGAGUAUGUUCACUUAAUAGACUAUAUACUUGGAACAUGUUGGAACUGUCAAGAUAUUUAAUGUAUUUUCCCGUGUUUUAUUUAGGAGUCCAUCAAAUCUGAGCGGUUCUUGCAGGAUAAGGUUGCUGAGAAUUUUCAACAAAAUUCACAUCGACUGUACAUGACCAUGAGUCCUGAAGUAAGUCGUAAUUACUUUCUUUUUCUACACGAGCUGCGGUACAUAUUCACGUUUUGCAAGAUUUUGCUGAGCCACACUAUGUUACUGUUUGUUCCUAGGAAAAGUACGAAGAGAAUCUUUCGCAUCGUGAGGCGGAAAAACUCAACAAAAUGGUUUCAAAGUUAUCCGAUGAAGAUAAAGUUAUGAUCAGAGAAAAAGGUCCGUAUCUAUGAUCUUCAAUCUCGUCAUACAUCCAACACUAUACUUGUACAAAAGCUUCGGAUGUAUAGGGAGGCAACUUCCUGGAAAAUACAAGGAGAACUUCGACGUUUCGAGCGAAGGCGCUUCGUCGGCAACUUAGUGAAGGGCCUUCACUCGAAACAUCGAAAUUCUCCUUGAAUUUUUGGAACAGACCGAUCAAGAAUAUAUUAAUUAAUUAUUUUGCAGGUUUUGAACUUGCCAGCCGUCAAAAUGCUACCCAAGACACCUCUUGUCUACCAUCACUCGACAUCGCAGGUAGGUCCUACCUGCACAUUACAUUGACAUUGUAAAACAAUAGAGACCGGUUUACAAACUUUAACAAAGCUACAAUCCAAAAUUACAACACACGAUCAAUGUGUUCCAAACCAUCUUUACACUUUCCAAAGUUAAUAUAAACUGGGUUAUCGUUCCAUGUUUCGCGCACCAAUAUAGGUAAGGGUUAGGGGUUAGGUAUUAGGGUUAGGGGUUAGGUUAGGUUUAAGGUUAGGGUUAGUGUAUGUAUAUAUGUGUAUGGAGGUAUCUAGUCAACUUUUCAGUACACUAUAAUAUCCAUUACAUAACGUUUACUAUAUUGGUGCGCGAAACAUGGAACGAUUACAAUAAACUAGACAUGGACCGCCCAUAUAUUACCGUCCUCUCUAAGUCGACUUCCUUAAAAUGAAGAGACCUGGAAAUUGCAAUGAAGGUUUGGGAAAUGUCCAAGUUACUAAAACGUUUUAUGCAUAUAAAUGUCCAAAUAAUUGUAAUAAUAAUAAUUUCCAUCUACACAAAUCCCUUGAACAAUUAGAUAACUGAUAUCCAUCUUUUCUAGACAUUGAUCCAGAAAUCAAACCUGUCACAGUGGAUGAUGUUAUGUUAGGUACAGUAGUAGAUAUUUUAUUCUUGUUCAAUGCUACACAUUUAUACUAAUGAUUGAAUGGCACAAGGUUAUUUCUGCAAGGAUAUUCACAGGGGUGCACCCAGGUACAUAUGAUAGAGAGGGGGCAAUGCAAUUUAAUAUGUCAAAAUAUCUUGUCUCUAACUUCAGCUGUUCUGGGGGAUUUUACCUUUCUCUGGGGAAGCGCACAACUUUCCUCCAAACCCACGUAAAGGCGAUUUUCUACUGAGCAAUUUUGUAGCGCGAAGCGAAGAACAAAAUUCGGCUUUAGGAUUUACCUUCGCUUACCAAUCACAUUGUCGAAAUUUCGCUUCGCGCAAACAAAUUCGCUCAGUGGAAAACAGACCUAAGAUGUUUAUAUACCGGGUGGCCCAAAAAAAAGUACUCCUGUUUGAUUCGUAAUAACAUCUAAACAAGUAUAGCUUUUAAAGAGAAAUAACUUGCAUCAAAUAGAGGAAGGACUAACUUAGACUUUGAUAUAUUACAGUUGUAUUUCCGACUUAAAAAUUCGCGGAGAUAUUAAUCUUUAAAUUCGGGAGGAUAUUUCUGGAUGUCUGAAAUAUGCAAAAAUCGGCGUAUCAAAUAUUAAUCAAGAUUUGCCCGACUGAAACAUGCACUAUUACCAGUAAAUAAAUGACACUUGACAAAUUGUUUAUUAUGAAACAAAGUAUUAUUAUAUCUACAAAAUACAAGCAAGAUUCAUUCGUCGGAAAUUCGCGUGUGUUCCUAGCACGAAUACGUUUCCUUAUUUCAUGAGACCACUGCAUCGCGAAGGGUCGUCAUUGGAUCGUUCGUAGUUCUGAAUUAGGGCAUGCUGUCACAACGGAAUUGUGAAGCUCUUCUAACUUCUGCAACGUUCUGAAAUCUUGUUAAGAACACCCAAACUCUUUUGCCGUUUCUUAAUCUUGGCAAGUUCAUGGAGUAAACUGAGAAUUAUAUGAAACACAAUCAAACCAUACAACUCCAUAAGACAUAACAAUUAAGCAACUCCCCAGAGACAUGCAACAUUUUUGGAACAAAACGUAACAAAAUAGUAGCGUUGAUACGGUGAUGUGUAUUUGCAAAAAGCAAUAUUAUUUCCUUCAAUAAAGAAUAUUCAUCCUGCUCUAACCGAGAAAUAAUCUACUCAGUCUGUUUGAACCCAUUAAAAACAUAAAAAAAUUAGGCUAUUUAAGAAUACGAAAAAUUUAAGCGCCUGCCUUCCAUGGUCAGUCUUUCAUGUACAUUUAAGUUUGCAAAGACCUAAUAUUAAAUACUUGCAUAAUUUCGAACGUUCAUAUUUCAGGAAACAAUGAGCUAAGACUUAUAUGUAAGAUGUCUAAAUCUACGCCAUAUCCCUUACAAACCUUAACGAUAAUUCGCUGAAAUACAAGUUAGCCUAAUAUGUCAUUAAGCAAACAAACGCUGGAGUUAAUAUUUGAUAUGCCGAUUUUCGCUAAUUUUAGACACAUUCCAAAAUAUGCUCCCCAUUUUUAACAUUAAUAUAUCCGUGAAUUUUUAAGUUAAAUACAACUGUAAUAUAUCAAAAUCUAAGUUAGUCCUUCCUCUAUUUAAUGCAAGUUAUUUCUCUUUAAAAACUUUACUUGUUUAGAAGUUAUUACGAAUCAAACAGGAGUACUUUUUUUUGGGCCACCCGGUACUUUCUCGUGCUUUAGGUGGCGUACCAGUGAAUUAUUGCGUUCAGCCGACAAAUGGUUUAACAUACUUCAAUGGAAUAUCAAGUAUUACUCUGGUUGCUGAUGAAGUUAAGCCCUAUUUGCCACUAUUUUGUCACGUGAUAACAAAGUGAGUGUCAUUAAUGUAUCUGAUCUAAACAAGCUGUGACUAACAUAUACUAGAUAGCACAGUCCUAAACUGUUCUACCUGGAUGUCUUGUAAGUGUUAUUCUUUAGUAGACUCAUGGCAUGUUCCAGUGGUACUAUGUGUAGAAACCCAAGUAUACCUGGGUCCGGUUGUUCAAAGGUGAAUUACACUUUCUGUUAAAAUUUAACCUGCUGUUUUAGUUUAUGUAUUUCUACACGUCUGUUUAUUUCAAAACUUCAGAGAAGAAAAUUCCUACUGAUCCACACAAAAUUUCUGAAGAAAUGUUUCCAAAUUUGGAUUUUCAGGCUGAAACGUCUUGCAUUUGACUUUGAGGAUUUGAGGCUGAAACUUCUUAGACUUAAGGAUUUACAAGCUGAAACUUUUUAUUCUUGAGGAUUUACAAGCUGAAACUUCUUACACUUGAGGAUCUCCAGGCUGAAACUUCUUACACUUGAGGAUUUCCAGGUUACAAACAAGCUGUUAGGAAAUUUGAUUUGAGUUUUAGGUCAACCUAGCUGGGGUUAAGUUGGCUUUCGAACAACCGGUCCCUGUAGGAAAGGUGCGUUGUAGAGUCAAAGUAUUCUCCUCGUACACGACGAAAUAAUAAUCCGACAACUGCAUAUUGUAGGGAUUGAACCUCAUUCACAGAGGUGUAGGGAACAUGCACUCACCACCGCCGUGUAUUUUUUCUCACAGAAUGGGUGCAGGCAGUAUGGACCAUCGUCACAUGGCUCAGAUAAUCAAACGAAGGACCGGAGGUCUUUCUGUUUCACCUCAUGUUGUGUCUCACCAUACUGAGGCUAGCACCUACAGUCAGGUAUAUUCCCAAACAACUGGAAUCGCACGAUUCUUUCCACAAAGCUCUGGUCAAUCGGCAAUGGGUAUGGGCGUACCUGGGGGGGCGAGGGGGUGGCUUUGACAGAAAUUUGUAAAGUCGGGCAAAUUCUACUCGGGAGUUGGUCAUUUUUGUAUGUUAGUGGAGGAAACGUCCACAAAGACAGGAGCAAAACUUAUUCAUAGUGCACAUAGAACAUACUAUAACGUAAUUUGCAUCUGAGACAAUUCUAAAUUUCAACAGGGAGGAGAUCACAGGGAGGAGAUCACAAUUAAUGUCGGGAAAUUUCCAUUAAAGUUGGAAAGUUGGGCAUUUUAUGUUACGCCCCCUAUAUUUUUGGCGUCGGUACGCCCAUGCGAAUGAGAGUUGAGAAGCGUGAGUUUGGAUAUUACCGCGCGCGUAGCGAAAAUUCUCAUCAAAAAAAUUCUCAUCUUUGAACCAGUUCAACGUCAAUGAGAGUUUAUGAGAGUUGAUCAACUCUCAUCUUCGUUUAACCAAGCGUUUGACCAGGGCUCAAGGCUUACAGUAUAAUUGGAUUUUCACAGUUAUAUGUAGUUCUUUGCUCACAAUUUACGAAAAAUUAUUUAGGGUGUUUUAUUUUCAUCGUAUUGUCUGGAUGAAAACCUUCCUCGUAUGUUCAAUAUUUGGCUAGAGGUCUUUACAAGGUGAGCAAUAAUUUUUAUUUUCUCAAACAUGGGAGUCCAAUUUAGGGAAUUUAAUCUACGAUAAGCUGCCAUGGAUUGCAUAUGAGUCACGUUUUAGGAGGGGUGACUAUUUUUAGACUUUUAGGGUUAGGAUUAAGGUUUGGAUUAAGGAAAGGAUUAAGAUUAGGGUUAGGAUUGGAGUAAGGGAUAGGGCUGGGUAAGGUUUAGGGUUAAGUUUAAAAUACAAAAUUACAAAAGUCUAAAAAUAGUAACUCCCCCUAAAACGUAUAAUGGAUUGUGUCAGAAUUAGCGCCUGACAGGUAUAAUGGAUUGUGUCUGAAUUAGCACCUGAAAUUAUUAAACCAUUUUGUUGAAUGAUUCAUGUUGAAGGAUAUUGCAACUAUAGACCCUCUAAAUUUAGUUACAUUCCUGCCAGGGGACCUAUUGUUGCAUUUUUUCCAGCUGCUCUCGGUCGAAAUCUUCAUCUGCAAAAUCUUUCAACAUUAAGGCCCGUCUUAACAUAGAUUUAACAAUAUACAGUAUGAUUUAUUUAUUUAUUGUUAAAAGCGUCACACUUUGAGAGAAACGUAUGAGAAGCGUAUAAAAAUUAAGAAAUAUGCCACCGUAUGCGACCGUGCUUGAAACGUAUACAACCUAUGCCUAACGUACCCCUAGCGUAUGUCAGCGUAUACCAGUGUAUAUUUUUCAUACACUGGCAUAACACUAGUACGAUACGCAAUCAUAGUGUGACAGGGCCUUUAGUCGAGUAAGAUAUCCUGAUAUUUACGCUGGUCUAAUUUUUAAAAUAUUGAAAGGAAAUACGCCUUUAAAUAUUUACAAGAUUUCUUUUCAAUUCGCGACACAGGGUACAAUUUAAGGAAUUUCGAAAUGACAUUGAAUCUGCCCAAGCCACGAACAAGCUGUUUAUUAAAAGCGAAGCUUUUGUUUUAGUGGGGCGCCAUUGUGGAAUAGUUUUCCUCAAGAUAUACGAAAGCUCCAAUCGAUAUCACAGUUUAAUUAAGAAAGCUAUAAAUGAGUACUAUAAUAUAAUUUAAACGAACUCCCACACGGCAAUCUUGUAAACCAGCAGUAGAGUUUUUUUUUGUUACUCUAUAUAUGUUUGUUAGAGUAUCUAUAUACUGAAGAUUUUACCGUGUUUAAAUAAAUUUUACAAUUACAAUGAACUCAACCUUUAUACGUUGUAGCCCUACACUGAACAACACUGAACGUAUACGAACAUUAGUGAAUGGUCUUGCUUCUGAUCUUGCAAUGUCAAUCGUUGAUUCUGGUCAUAUGUAUGCUGUGGGAUUAGCGUCCAGUUCUCUCACACCUUCUGCUCGGCUCGGUGAAAUACUAGGAGGUCUUAAUCAGGUAUUGUAUGUUACAGUAUCGUAUGCAUAUGACAUUUCAAUUCUGGUCUUAAAAUCGUAUGCAUUUGUUUGAACAUAUAGUGAAUUUAGUUUUACUGUACCAAACACCGCAAAUUUUCUCUGAAUACUUCGCUUUCCUCGCGAUUAAGGGACCCUGACGAAUGAGUAAGGCCCGUUUCAUACGCCGUACUUCACAUGUACCGAACACAUUAAAAACAACAGAUAAUGAGGCAUUUCAGCUCAUUACCUAUUGUCUUUAAUGUAUUCGGCACAUGUGAAGUACGGCGUAUGAAACGGGCCUAAGGGACCCUUUGAAUGGGGCAACAAGCCCUGUAGGGAUCACCAGUCAUUUAUGACAAAGCUCGUAAAUAAAUAAAUAAAUAAAUAAAUAAAAAUAAAUUAGUAGUACGGAUAAACAGUUGGAAGAACAGUUGAAAGCUGAUAGAACUGGCCCUCCCAGAUGAAGCUUAUCAGAAUUUAGCACUAUGUAACUUUCCUUUCCGUUUCUAUCCUGCGGAGGGUUUUCUUGGGUACAAACUGGCAUUUUUAUAUUACUGAAGAUCUAAUAUAGAAUGUGUCAUGUUCGUUUUGUAAAGGGCUGCUGUAAUUGGCGUAAGCUGUAGCAUAUACCCUGCCAUGAUUGAUAGGUUGUAUAUUCUUGUGUUUGUAUUUGUACAGAUUGUGUGAAAUUGGCAAAGCAUAAUAAAUAAAUAAAUAAGCUAAGUAAAUAAAUGUUUUGUUACUUUAGGUAGAGUUUAUGAAAAACAUCGCAGAGCUAGAAGAUUUAGAGGAUGUUACAAAUAAAAUGAUUAAAAUAGCAGCCCAUGUUUUGGAAAAUACUGCGUUCAGGUAAAACUUAUAUCCUCUUUGAAUGCUAUAGUUUCCAGCUAAAGUUAAAGCCAAUUGUCACAUGUCGGUAAGUUAUUUUGUGAGUCGGUUAACCGUGUACAGACCUUUGUGUGUUGAGGGAUACACCCAUGUCAUUGGCGGAGCUAGCUAGCUUUGUUAAUGUUUUAUUUUUGUUAUGCGCUGGCAACUGGGCCACGGAUUGCAAAAAGGAGUGGGUGACAGGGUCAUUUGGUAGUAGUCGUUUAACGCCAUUCAAACUAUUCCACAGAUGUGCUUUAACAAUGACUGAGGAAGCAGCUGAUGAAGCCACAGAUUCCCUGGAAGGUUUCCUUGAAGACUUACCUGGCACGCGGGCAGAUUUACCUGCUGAAGUUGAGGUUCGUAGAAGCUUUCUUUUCCUUGGGUGGCAACGGGCUUACAAACAUACGUUAGGUGAUUAGAUGAAUUAUUGUUCAUUAUGGUUUUAGGACCCGAACUUUAUGCCACAUCAUGUGAAAAGUUUCUUCGAAAUUCCCGCUCCAGUUAACUUUGUUGCCAAGGCUAUUCGUGCUGUACCUUUCUGCCAUGAAGACUAUCCAAAGUAAGUCUCGAUUACUGGUUUCAGAAAAUAUUUAUGACUUGUAUUGAUUCACCUCGCCAAAAAGUUUUGAUCCUUGCUGAUUAUAAUUUUACUAUAGAUGUGAGAAGAGUGAUUCCACUUUGACUCUACUAAACAUCGCAGGUGUUCCUGGGGUACCCCCUGUUCCGUCAUGGUAGUUAUAAUAGAAUAAUAAGAGACGAGCCUUACUACUAGAUCGGAAAGGAGAAUACCUUGGUUCCAGAGGUGCUUGUGUCGCCGUGUAAAUACGAGCGAGAAUAGGGCGGAAGAUACAAGAACCUCUGGCAACCAGGGUAAAGGGAGAAUAAAUUUGGGCAAAAGUGGACGAGUUAUGUUGGAUAACCAGCAUAAUCUACAUGAUUGUCUAAAUUUCUUCCCCUAGGUUACAGAUUCUUUCGCGGUUGUUGUCUUCUAAAUUUUUACACAGGGAAAUAAGGUCGGUUAUGCUUUUAUACUAUUUUGUCCAUUAUAGUCAUUGUAUUUUAUUCUAGGCCUGUAUGUACUCAUGUAUAUGGAAUGUUUUAUUACAGAGAAAAAGGUGGGGCGUAUGGAUCUGGCGCUAAGGUUGGCGGAAAUGUCUUUUCAUUUUUCUCGUACAGGUAAAAAUAUGAUUGUUUGUAUUUCAUGUAUCUGGGUGUAUGGUGGCUCUAGACUCGUCACCAAUCUAUAUGAACGGGCUUUGUGAUUGGUUGAUGAUAACAAUAGAAGAGAAUGAACUAUAGAAAUUAUCUUUCUAAAGAAUGAGUCAUAACAAUAGAAGACAAUGAACUAUAGAAAUUAUCUUUCUAAAGAACGAGUCAUAAACGCUGAUCGCUAUUGUUUUAUGAAGCCAAUCACAGAUCAUGGUUAUUUUAGGUUGCUAUUUACCAUCACUCUAAGAUAUCGCCUUUGAUUUAAACGAGAUGAGGAUCAAUGGGUAAAUGGAAUGGUACUCAUUGAUAAGUUUGUUCCUAUCUUUGUAGAGAUCCAAAUUCGUUUGAAACAUUGGAUGCCUUUGAUCGAUCAGCAACUUGGGCCAGCUCUGGAGAGUUUACUGACCAGGAUAUAGUUGAAGCAAAACUGUCUGUUUUUUCACAAGUAAGUAUAUACAGCCGAAUCUCUCCAACCGACACUUCUCUAAUACAGACAUCUCUCUAAUACAGACACCUCUCUAAUACAGACAUCUCUCUAAUACAGACACCUCUCUAAUACACACACCUCUGUAAUACAGACAUCUCUCUAAUACAGACAUCUCUCUAAUACAGACACUCUCUAAUACAGACACCUCUCUAAUACAGACACUCUCUAAUACAGACAUCUCUCUAAUACAGACACCUCUCUAAUACAGACACUCUCUAAUACAGACAUCUUUCUAAUACAGACACCUCUCUAAUACAGACAUCUCUCUAAUACAGACAUCUCUCUAACACAGUCACCUCUGUAAUACAGACAUCUCUCUAAUACAGACAUCUCUCUAAUACAGACAUAUCUCUAAUACAGACACUUCUCUAACACAGACACCUCUCUAAUGCAGACAUCUCUCUAAUACGGACACCUCUCUAAUACAGACAUUUCUCUAACACGGACGCUGUGGGUCUUUAAACAAACUAAUGUCUUCCUAUUAUUGCAGGUAGAUAGCCCAGUUCCUCCUCCCUACAAAGGCAUGGCAUUAUUCAAGCAAGGAAUCACGGAUGAAAUGCGUCAAAUACAUCGUGAUCGUCUGUUUGCUGUGGACCGUGAUGCUCUGGUCGAUGUUGCUGCUAGAUAUUUGUCUGACUCUCAACGGAUGAGUUCUAUCGCAAUUCUUGGCCCUCCAAAUGAAAAACUUUCUCAAGACAAUUCAUGGACUAUUAUAAAGGAAACGCCCAAUAAUUAGGCUUGCUUAUUAUACAAUUGAAACCACGAUAGCCAAGGUACUGUGAAGCGAAGACAGUGGUAAAGAGAUAUUACAAAACAUAAAUAGAGAUACGAAAAAUCAGUUUCAUAUUAUUCUGACUCUGCAAUCGACCAACGAAAAAUUCGUUGGCUCGAGCGGGAUUUGAACUCGCAUCUUCGUGUAUCUAGACCGCCGCUCUACCCAUUGAGCUAUCGAGUCAACGGGGAUUGUCAGCGAGUCUUAACGACUUAACGCUUGUCUUAGAGGACGCGCAGUGUUUCAAUUCUAUUUCAGAACUAUCCUCAGAAAUACAAGCGUUAAGUCGUCACGAAAAUAUUUCGUGCACUUAAAUUGGAUAAGACUCGCUACCAAUCCCUGUUGACUCGAUAGCUCAAUGGGUGGAGCGGCGGUCUAGAUACCCGAAGAUGCGAGUUCAAAUCCCGCUCGAGCCAACGAUUUUUUUGUUGGUCUAUUGCAGAGUCAGAAUAAUAUGAAACAUAAAUAGCGUGAACUGAAUUGGCUCUACCCCACAGCACAAAUUUUCUUUGGGAACUGCGGUUUCCGUCUUUGUAACACUGAAGCAGUAAGGGUAGCCUUAACAGGGUCCCCACGGUCCUUGAAAAUCCUGGAAAGUCCUUGAAUUUGUUAAAAAAAAUCCAGGCCUGGAAAGUCCUUGGAAAGUGAUAAGGUUCUUGAAAGUCCUGGAAUUUUUUUUCAGUAGGCUGGAAAUAAUUGAAGAAUUAUUACCAGCCCAAGGAUUAUUGCCCAAAUGUUUAUUUUCUUCAAUUUCAAUUAAAAUUAUGUAUAACAAUUGUCCAAAAGUUGUUUCGAUGUCAUUUUUUUUCUUAAGUUUAAGGAUAAAAGUUAGAUGAUUUUUAAAGAUUUUUCCAGUUGCCAGGUCCCUGAAUAUACUGAAAAAGGUCCUUGAAAGUCCUGGAAAAGUCCUUGAAUUACAUCUUCACUAAAAGGUGGGGACCUUGCCUUAACAACCUUGCAACCCAGGCAGCAUGUGGAGGUAUAGAGUCUGGUUUGCGAUGUCGAGCCCUUACUAGACCUCUGGAUUUGAUUGACCUCUCAGUUUAGACCUAAUAGAGCUAUCCAGUGUAUAUAAAUAAAGUUACUUUAGUUUAUGUUUACGCUUGUAGUAACACUGAAACAGUAAGGCAUGGCCCUUGCUCGACCUUUAGGGCCAAGAGUUUGGAACUGAUGCAGCUAUCCAUGUAGUAUAAAGUUAGUUAAGGUUAUUACAGAUUUCCUCCUGUAUUGUAACACUGAGGCAAUACGGAAUGGUUUUUACUGGACCUCUGUAGAGAAAACAGUAACAACACUCUCGUAUCUUAUUCAUUCUUUGCAGGAACGGUUCGUCUUGGAUAUUGGAAUUCAACAUUGGAUUACGAGGAAUCAGGUUUGCUGCUGAUCGGGUAGGAUUUAAACAUUUACAUUUAUUUGAGUAUCAAAUACUGCAAUAUGCUAUGGAGAAAAGGAGAAAUUGCAUGGUACCGUUCGUUUGUUGGGUCAUUACUCGAUAUUUAUUUUCUCCCAGACCAUCGGCGUCUCCAAUCGAAUAGAAACGAUAAAAUUUGCGCGCAUGACGUUUGCGAAU